AUGACAUCUCCAAAGUUUGUUUUCUACCUGACAUGUUUGUUCUUGGUGAAGAAGGGUGAGUUGUCUCUGAUGACUGAACUGAAAUUGUCUUCGUCUCAGCAUCAAGAGAGUGGUAUCUUAUCAUUUAAAACAGGAGACAAGUUGACUUUACAAUGUUCUUAUGACAAUGAUGUUCCAGGAAGGUUUUACUGGUACAAACAAGCUCUGGGACAGACACCAAGGCUCAUCUCUAGUUUCAAUGUUUUUGAUACAAAAGCCACUUUUCAUGAUGAAUUUGAGAACAAUCCACGUUUCACACUGCAUACUGGCAAUGGUGAAUACCACUUGAUAAUUUCACAUUUACACAUUUCAGACUCAGCAACUUACUACUGUGUGAAUAGUAAAUCACACAAAUCUAUAGCGGAAACUUUUGUCAGUGUAAAGGCUUCAGGUUUGAACGUCCCAGUUUCGGUCCAUCAGUCAGCAUCUGAGCCCCUCCAGCCAGGAGGCUCUGUGACUCUGAACUGUACAGUACACACUGAGACCUGUGAUGGAGAACACAGUGUUUACUGGUUCAAAAACUCUGAAGAAUCUCAUCCAGGACUCAUUUACACCCAUGGAGGCAGGAACGAUCAGUGUGAGAGGAAAUCCAACACACAAACACACACCUGUGUCUACAACUUGCCACUGGAGAGCCUGAAUCUUUCUCAUGCUGGGACCUACUACUGUGCUGUUGCCUCAUGUGGACACAUACUGUUUGGAAACGGGACCAAGCUGGACUUUGAAGAUGAGGUGGACUCUCUUGCCUCGGUGUAUUUCUUGAGUGGAGCUUUGGCAUUCACCAUCGUCCUGUUGGUUUUACUGGCAGUCUUAGUGUACAGAAUGAACAAAAGAAACAGUUUCCGAUCUACAGAGUUUAAAGCAAGAUUUUCAGCUCUCUCCACAACUGAAGUUGAGAGUUACAGAGAAGCCGACAACCUCCAUUAUGCAGCUAUCAGUGUUAACCUGCCCAAGAGAUCAAGAAGACAGAGGAACGACACCAAGAGUGAAUGUGUGUACUCCACUGUCAAGAAGUAGAACCGGACAUGUGUAGACAUUUUAGGUAAAAAUGGAUUAUUUACUAUUCUUUCAAAGAGUAAUGUUGAUUUCGAUGUACAUGUUGAUAUACCGUAAAACUUUGAAUAAUAGCCUGGGCUUUUAUUUGCUAAAAUCACUAAAUUGGCCCUGCCUUUAUUUGGGACAGGUGUCCAUAUGGGACAGGCCUU